GCUUAGUUUUGUUUUAUAUUAGUCAUAGUUAUGAAGUGUGGCCAUAGAUAAAGUGCAGUGAAUAUAAUAAUUGUGUUCUAAAAUAUAUACACCAAGGUUUAGGGACUCUUUUAUAGUUGAAUUUGUACAGAUUUAAAUUAGCUAUUAUCAAACGGAGAAUUUUGUUUUUAAAUGAAGCCACCAGGGUAGAUUUGUCGAGUACGGUAAUCUAGGAUUGCCCGAAAAAGACAAGUUGCAGAUUGAGAAAAAUACGGCGGAUGCUAUUCACCCGAAAAUGGAAAGAUAUUGGCAGUUUCAAGAACUAGUACGGCGAAUGCUAUUUGCUCGAAAAGAAUCAGCGACGAUGUCUACGAAGAAUCCGCUGGUGUAUGAAAACUUGGUGCUUGAGGGAGGAGGAGCUAAAGGAGUUGCUCUGGGUGGUGCUUUAAAGUAUUUACAGAAACUGGGUUUGUUAUCUGGAGAUGGCAAUCAUCAUAUAAAGCGAUUUGGUGGGGCCAGUAUUGGUUCUUUAGUAGCAACCUUACUAUCUGUUGGUUACAGUCCAGAUGAGGUCACUAAAGUACUAUAUUCAAAUUCAAUGUCAACAUUUACCUCAGGGACUCUGUUUUCGAUUUGUUUGUCGUUUUAUGAAGUAUUUAAGCAGUAUGGUUUCCAUUCAACCAAUCCCAUUAAGAAAUCGUUAGGGGAGUAUAUAAAACAGAAGACAGGAAAUGCUGAUUUGACGUUUAAACAGUUGUAUACUAGUCGUGAUAAGGAACUCUGUGUUAUUGUAACUAAUGUCAACAGAUUAAAAACAGAAUAUUUCCACGCGAAGACAACACCGGAUACACCAAUUAGAGAAGCUGUGCGCAUGUCUAUAUCUAUACCAGGAUAUUUUAGGGCAAUAAAAUCCAAAUUAGAAGCAGACGGAGAAGAAGAUUUGUUUGUAGAUGGAGGGAUGCUGUGUAAUUACCCAAUUCAUUGUUUUGAUGGCUGGUUUUUAUCAAUGGCUAAAGGGAAUAGCUUCUUUAAUAGAAUUAAAUCUUUAAGUGAUAUUGCUAAACAUUAUGAACAAAAUAACCGAUUUAAAGAAUUUAAUCCUAAGACAUUGGGAAUUGUUUUAUAUUCGGAGACUGACAAUCAGUGGAUGAAGGACUGCUUCAAUAAAAGGGCGUUGUGUUUAAAACCAGAGAGACCUGGAAAAAGUACCAAAUUAUAUUGCGAAAGGGACAAAAGUCGUCAUAAAUCUGAAGAAAUUGAACAGUAUGAUAAACUCCGUUCAUCAGUAGAAGUAUUUUUUAAAGUAUGCCAAGAACAGCUGUCAGAAUCUACGUUGAGCAAAGAGGCGGUGAAAAUUAUAUUUGAAGAUAAACGUUUUACACAAGAACAAAGAGAUGCUCUGUUUGAAGGUCUGACGUUUGAAGAGUUUUUCAGCAAGCUUGACCAGAACAAUGAUGGAACGGUUCAGUUUAGAGAACUGUUAGGUUUUAUUGAAUGGAAAGGGGUAUAUUCAGGCCAGAAAUACAUUGGAUUCGACAGAAAAAAUAUCACCGACCAAGGGGCUGUUACUUGA